GCCCCAUCAAUCUUCCUCUCUCUCUUCCUUCAAUGCUUCGUGAAUCAUUUUCCUCCACCACAUCGUGAAACCUUUGCGUUUCCUGUCAUUCGAAUCCCGUCUGCAUCGGAUAUUAUUAUUGUCGUCUGACCCAGACGCAAUCAACCUUACCCACAGUACAUAGUUUCAUCUCCUCUCCGCUCGCCGCUGUCGAACUCGAUCUAGACCUCCCUUCCUCCCCCUCUCUCCGUCUUCCACCCCCCUUCCCUCCCUUAUCUUCGCCUGGACCCUUUCUCCUCCUGCAAUCCCCUUCCACCAACACCGCAUUCACAUAUCACCGUCGCAAUGAGUCUCUGUGGGCGUCAAAAGGUUGUGCGCCGGAAGAUGGUGCUCUUAGGCGACGGUGCUUGCGGCAAGACCUCGGCCCUGAAUGUAUUCACUAGAGGAUAUUUCCCCACGGUCUAUGAACCCACCGUCUUCGAGAACUAUGUACACGAUAUCUUCGUCGACAAUGUACAUAUGGAAUUGUCCCUCUGGGAUACCGCCGGUCAGGAAGAGUUCGAUCGACUGCGCGCGCUCUCAUACGAGGAUACCCAUGUGAUCAUGCUCUGCUUCAGCGUCGACAGUCGCGAUUCGUUUGAAAACGUGGCCAGCAAAUGGAUCGAGGAGAUCUCCGAGAACUGCCCGAACGUGAAGCUGGUCCUCACGGCACUGAAAUGUGACUUGAGGAAAGACGAGUUCCUGAACGACAACCCCAACGCCAUCGCGUACGAAGAAGGUCUCUCCAAGGCGAAAGACAUUGGUGCCGUCAAGUAUCUGGAAUGCUCCGCCGUGCAGAAUCGUGGCAUCAUGGAAACUUUCUACGAGGCCGCCAAGGUGGCCCUGGAGGUGAAGACUCAGGGGUCGAACGGCUCCGGAGACCGGUGUAUAAUCCUCUAG